UAUAUAUAUAUAUAUAACAAGCGUCACAUUAACCUACCUAUGUGGUAUGAUAGUAUUACAACAGUUAAAGUAUGUGCUGAAAUUUUAGUGCACAUAUUUUUUAAAUGGUUAUGUAGUUCAUUGUUGCCAGCUUUAAUAACAUCUUCCUCAUCACUUGAAUUCAGUUUAGUGGAGGGUUCUGUCAACGUCGAUAAUUAAAACGACUUAUUCAUCUGCAAAAUAAAACAAUAAAAGUGAAAAGAAAAUUACAAACGUGAUGAUGUCGUUUAGUCACGUAGAACUAUAAGUAAGGUUUGUUUAUACAGGUAGGCACUAAGUUUUUCUCCCCUUCUCAGAAUUCAGUCAUGACAAACAAACAAGCGUGUUCUUGAAGGAAACAUUUCUCUUGGCACGCAGCUUUCUGUUGUCUUGACCUUAUGACGUAGUCUCAAGAACUCGGUCUUUCAUUGGUCAAAUUGAGUUUGCCCACGCGAAAGGAUUUGUAUAUGUAAAUAUCAAUUAGUAGAGAAAAUCACCCAUAAGCCGCUUUCCACCUCCGGGCAAUUUGACUUUCGCUGGACACUCGAGGGGCUGCGUAUAAAACGAAAGAACGGAGUUUUUCUCAGCCUUUAUUUAACUUAUUUGAACACUGGAAGCAUAACUAUGUGUCAGGUAUGUAGUAGCACGGGUUCUUCUAGCGGAACUAUACUGUAAUUAUGUCAUUAACGUUGAUCAAUAUUCAUUGAUUGAAGUUUGCGUGGCAGUUUAUGAGUAAUUGUUUCUUACUGCCUUUGUUUUGUGUCAAAGAUAGUAUAACGUUUCAGGUUUGAUAGAGAUGUUGUUUUAUGAUUUGGUUGGUUAAUCCGGCAAAUCUGUCUGACGAAACACUUAAUGAUUGCUAGAUUAAGAAAGAUAACUUGAAACUGUUUAUUUUAGAAUAUUGGCCUACGUGUAUGCAGUAUAAAUCAAACAUUAAUACUAUAUCUUUUGAAGCUACUGACUAUAACUACUAAUUAACGUUGUAAUUAUAUACAAACUUAAUCGUUUUUAAUUUACAUGAAUAUGACUGCCCCCUGUUCAUUUCUCAGAAUUUUUUCUUGCAUUUCAGAAUCAAAUUUGUUUUUUCUUGGUGACUGUAUUUGUCGUGCUUACGUGUGGACAAAUUUUAAAUGAAUGCCGUAGAGGGGUAAAACGACCUCACCCAACUCAGGAAAACGCCUAUCAGAUUUUCUCCCGGAACGGUUGGAGAUCGCAAUGGAUCGACCAAGAGUGUAACCUGUACCAGAUAUACGACCACGAUGCUUGUCAGUGUAGGGAUGGGUACAGGAGGACCACCACCCCACCCCCACCCACUACCACUCCUGUUCCUGCCACGCCCGUCCCUGAUGAAGACCAAGAGGUGGAGGGCCCCAACUGCAACUUCCACCAACCCCACCCAGACAACCCAAGCAUGUAUGCCAGGAAGACUGACAACGGCUGGAUCACGGAAGACUGCAACUGGCCCUUCUACACCGGCCUGAUCUGGGACCAGAAGACCUGCAGGUGUGAGUGGGGCCCGGAUAGGACCUUCCCACCUCGCAGGGUGGAGCAAAGUCAAGCUGUUCCUUCACCAUGCCUCGUGAUGUUAAACAUGACCUUUGACCAAGCCAUCGAGGAGCUGUCACGUGGUCUAUGGCUCAAACGAACCAGGCCCGACAACUCCCGUAUCGUGCAGGAUCCAACCGCUGUUGGUGGCGGCUGUGCCUUGUUCCAAGACUCCACUGUCGCAAUCCCUUUCUUCAAGAGCAACACCCUGGGCAAGUCUUUCCACAUCACCUUCCGUUUCAAGCCCUGUGACAACAACCCCUCGGCGGAGAUAACUGUGAUUCACAACGGCUGCUCCGAUGUGAACAAACUGCCCCCAACACUGAGAGUGUCGUACAGGCCCUGGUCCAGAGAGUUCUCGAUGGAGUUCGAAUCCGAAAAUGACGUUCAGCCAUCAAGGGAGGGAUGCACCUUGACAGAAUCGGGAACUGGCUGGAAUGAUGUGGACAUCCGGUAUGAAGAUAACUUCCUGGAGGUCAGCGUCAACAACGCCAUCUGUAUCAGAUCCAGCCUCUUUUCAGGGGACAUCAAGACAACUGACUGCCCCUUGACGCUCCCUGGGGAAAAAUCAUGUGUUCACCUUGACGAGAUGGUAAUCACACGUGGUUGCCCGCAACAGUAAAAUACUACCAGAAUGUGUCUCAUCAGGAGCCCUAUGUCCGGGUCACUGGACCAGUGGCCUUGACCCUUGAUUUUUCAAGAUGGAGGAACGAGUUAUUUUAUUCCAUUCUCAAUGUGACUUUUGUCGUCCAGUGGGCCAGAAGUAAUUCCCUUCUGUGGCCUCUCUCCACAAGUAUUGCAUGCGUGUUGUUUUCUGCAUGUGUGAGUUAUUUUUGUCGUGUAGUUUAUAGCAUUAGAAUCACCACAAUGUACAAAUAAUUUAAAUGUAUUGUCGCUAUUAAAUCCAUGCCACAAGUGA